UGUAUGCUGUCAUUCAUGGGUGGAACCACAGAUCCGUGUCUCAGAUCCCUGUAAGAGAGGCGCGUUUUAUUGUUCGCAGAUUCAGGAAAAACGCGACCUGGAUUGAAGUUUAAACAUGUCGUACAUACCGGGGCAGCCUGUCACUGCUGUUGUGCAACGGAUUGAGAUUCAUAAACUACGUGAUGGGGAUAAUUUAAUAUUGGGUUUUAGCAUUGGAGGGGGAAUUGAUCAAGAUCCAAGUCAGAAUCCAUUCUCAGAGGACAAGACAGACAAGGGCAUUUAUGUCACAAGGGUAACAAAAGGAGGACCAGCAGAAGUUGCAGGUCUCAUGAUGGGGGAUAAAAUAAUGCAGGUGAAUGGUUGGGAUAUGACCAUGGUGACCCAUGACCAAGCACGGAAAAGACUAACAAAAAAGAAUGAAGACGUUGUUCGGCUACUGGUAACAAGAAAAUCCCUGGAGGAGGUAGUCAGACAGUCCAUGAUGCAACACUAAGAGAACUCUGAACCCCCCCACCCCUUUUUUUUUUUUUUUUUUUUUUUUUUUUGAAAUGUCAUAUGAGAUGUCAAUCAUUCCUACACAGUAUGUAACACUUUAUAUAUACAUUGCAAUCAAUCCAAAGAAUGUCAUUCCCGUUUAUAGUGGUGGUUACACCCCCCCCCCCCCCCCCCAAAAAAAAAAAAAAAAAAAACCAGAUUGAGUUUAGAGGCUGUUUCAUCUUCAAAUCUACACUGAUGGCAUAAUUUAGUAAUGUUUGUAAUACACUGGUAUCACUUUUUGUACACCUCUUGCAUUCCAUAGGGUUGAUCUGGCAGUGUGUUAUUCCCAUUGUUGCAAUGAAAAUGUGGACAUGGGUCUUUUUUUUUUCCUAAUCAUCCUGUCCCCCCCUUUUUUUUUUUUUUUUUUUUAAAUAGAUGACAAGGGCUACAAGUACAUUUUGUCAAUUAUUGCCUUCAGUUGUAUUUUUUUCCCUUUUUUUUUUUUUUAAUGAUCGAGAAGGAUACCAGUUAAAACCAAGAAACACAUUUAUCAACUACAAUUAAAAGACCACUAACAUUUCCUUUCUUUUGUUGUAGGAUGCUGUAUGCAUCUAUACCUGUUUAUCUACUUGUGUGUUCGAUACUUUUGUCUGGAAAAUAAUUUGUUCUUUCAGUUAUGCUGUAGUUCAGUAAACUAAUCACUUUGUAAUUUCCUGUAAUUGUCUGUAUUUUGAAGAAAAUUGUGAAAGCCUCGUAUUUAGUGACUUUUUACUGAUCCGCCACACCCAGGAAUUACUACCUUGUCUUGUUGUCUUUGUGAUGCUGUUUGUUUUCCACUUUGAAUAAAUAAGUGAAUCCUA